AUGGGGGACUUCGCCGCAGGUAACUUCACGAAACAAGUGUUCCAGCUCAGAUUCAACUUUCAGAACCUUCGUCUGCGGCGAUUCCUGGGAGUUCGCGAUUAUUGGAAAAGUGGCGGUGCAGGUAAAUAAUAUCUUUCCUGAACAUAACUUCAAUUUUUUGUUUUUCAGACAAACGGGAGGGUCGCGAACAGUGUGCACCGACUGCCACUUCUCCUGCAAAAUGUUCACUGAUUCUACUCGGAGGAAUCACCCGACUACCCUUACUGUCGUCCGACGCGUCAUCUCCUUUACAACAUACAAAGAAAAUCAGAAAACUGCAGUGUUACAAAUUUUUUUCUCUUUUAAUUGUAUUUUUGUAAGUAAAAAUAAAUAUCCUUGUACCAAACUCGACUUUUUCUCGAUGAGGUGGGAUAAAAAUAUCUCUGGUCUUCGGGUAUCGAUUCGGUUUCGUCUUGGUGAGAUUUCUGUCGGAGUCGCAUCGGGUCUUUUGUGACGUUUUCUGAAGAGUUUUUCCGGAUUCAUGAGAUUGUCUUUUAUGCCGUGUUCAAAGUAAUUUCCGCGAAAUGCAAAAUACCCGUUAGAGAAAGGAAAAGAUCACUAAAUUUUGGAGAGUCAGAGAUCAUUUUGCAUUUCGCGGAAAUUACUUUGAACACGGCAUUAAUCUUUCAGGUCCUUUUUUUUUUGGAAAACCCAUUUUUCUUUUGAGCUUUCCUUUUUUUUAAUGUUACUAUUAUUUUAUGUAUGCUCUUUCUGCAUCUAACACUUGCUGUCUUCGUCCAAGCAGUCGGUCGAUUAUGUCCUUACCCUGGCUGCGAGGUGAAGUAGGAGGUCAACUCCAAUUCGACAUCGCUUUCUUUUCCAAUUUUAUUCUCGCCCCGGUGAUGCUGCAAUCGGAUGGAUAAGUAGUUAUCAGAGAGAACGAUGUCAGAACUGACGGCGGCAACAACAUUACGAGCCAUCCGAAGCCCUGCUGCUCAGUCUUGAUGAUUUUUGCCGUUUGAGGUCAGACUUCGCAAGACAGCGAUACUUGGUCUUUGUACGGCUGUUCUCUAGUGCUGAACUCAAAACUUCUGCAGCUGAGAAGAGUGCUCCUCACAGGUGACAGUGACGCCAACCUUCCAAUGCUUCUACUACAUCCGACCUGGAACCAGAAACAUCAAACUGACAUUCUCCUAAGAAAGAAUUCGUUUCAGAGUCGUGGUUUGCAGCUUUUUUUUUAUAUAAUCACUGUUUCUUGAUUGCCGAUGAGAAGAAGAUGGCACAUUCAUCACUUUCACAGAAGACAACAUGCAGAUGUCGUUUUAAAUUGAAAAGACAGAACAAAAAAAUUUGCCUUCGACCUGUACUUUUUUCUAAAAGCUGCUCAAAUUGGGUGUUUUGUACCGGCCAAAUUUUGAAGACUUUAUAGUGGCCUCAGUCUCUAAAAAUUGUGGUCUUAGGUACUACCAUUGUCUCUCUUUAAGCGUGUAAAAAUCAUAGGUCUGCGCCUCCAUUGAAGAACGCAGGGAAUAGAUAUCCAACACGACCAGCUGCUUCAAAGGAAGACUUCGACUAGGGAAAAUGCCGUUUGCGAAGUUCUUGUGAUAGCUAAUCACUAUAUGGAAAAAGGCAACGUCUUCAAAAUUUGUCUCUAUUGCGAUAAACGGCGAUCGCUGGUUUUCCAGAACAAAGACGAAAGAAAAUUCAGAGCGAAUGUGGAUUCGGCCAGGCUCUCUGAAUAAUGAUUUUUAUCACUGAAAAAUGUGAUGAAUCUACCAUGUUUUCCGGUGAAAGGUGAAUAUUGUAGGAGCCCAUAGCUUAUUAAAGCUAUUUGCGCUCCAUUGAAACACCGGACAAAGUCCUCCAGACGGCCCAAAGGCUUUUAAGAUAAAAUUCCGAUGCGCAUCGAUAACAUCAGCUCUCACCGUCGCGACGAUCACCCGAUCACGACACUAAGAGCCGCGGAGGCGUUUCUUAUAUUGAUUUAUUUGCUCUUUUUAAACGAACUUUUUUACUCCCAUGGAUCGGCAAACCGCACAGAAAACCCGAAGGCCGACAGGGUAUCGGGGGCCACUACAAAAGGCCCCGAUCCCUCACUGGUAGCAGCUCUGGUCGUUCUUUCCGGUGGCCAUUGACCCCCCCUUAUAUAAAAUCUUGGACCCAGCACAAAAAUUUCUCUGCCACGCUUGCUCAGUCAUUUUUUUUUCAAGCCUCCGUCCCCUUCUUCCGCAACUUCCUUGCCGCCCUUGUUCCUCGGCGGAAUCUCUGCCCGCUUCAAAAGGCCUGCGCAACCUUUUGAAGCAUUGGGCCUCCAUCCUCCACCAAACGUAGGCAAGGCGGCCUUCCCCCUUCUUUUUUUUCCUUUCGGUAAGUCUCUGAUCUGGCGGAAGCCGCUGCAUCCCCGUCUUCGAGUACUCCCCAAUCGCGUUAAUCGCACCCCGCGUUAGUCGCACCUCGCGUUAGUCGCACAUCAAGGCGUUAUUCGCACCACAUGGCGUUUUUCGCACCACAAUAGAGUUUGUCGCAUCUCAAGGCGAUAGUCGCACCCACAGGCGAUAGUCGCACCCACAGGCGUUAGUCGCACCCAAAGGCGUUAGUCGCACCUCAGCAAGGUUAGUCGCAUAUCAAAAGCGUCUAUCGCACCUCAAUGCGUUUGUUGCAUCUCAAUAGCGUUUGUCGCACCCACAAGCGUUAGUCGCAUCUAAAGGCAGAGUCGCUGCAGCACUCCCUUUUCUCCUUAAAACCAAGCGCGCUUUUUUUCGGUUAAAAGAUCAUUCGGUUCGAACCUUUUGGCAAAAAGCACAGGCGUGCACGCCGUUCCUUUUUGUUUAUUACACAAAACAGUACGCGGCUAGAGAGGUCAUUGGAUCCUCUCCCCCCAACACUCUCUCGAGUCACAUCUGUGUCACCUCUCCGACAAAUCUUUUUGUCCUUUCUUCUUCAUUUCACGCGUUCGUCACCUUUUUGGCUCUCCUUCGUUCUCAGUCCUCUUCUUCGUGGCUCCCUACGCCAACCGCGUUUCGAACCCGGGUAACAUUCGUUCUUUUUUCAGAAUUUAUGCCCCCGCCCGAAAGUCCGCCUGAGACCAUUGUGCCUCAAGAUUUUUCCAAACCUGUCAAGCUACUGACUGCUAAAACGCUAGAAAGAACGGAUUAUCUUUGCGAUCUCCAUGAUGUACCACCUCUACGCGGUGAUGGGGAGGCAAUGUCAUCUCAUAUGGCGGCGAACGGUACACCGGUCACGCAGUUCGCUCUGAAUCCUCGGGCUCAGCACGUACGACGCCUCUAGAUCUGCAAGCAGACGAAGAACUUCACGAAUAAUCCAACCAGCCCACUGAGCCACAUGAACAUGAGGAUAUUGAGCCUCUCUUUACCAAUUUAACAAAGGCCACCACCAGCCCAAAUCAAUUUGAGAACCAACCUGAAGGCAAAGCAAAGACUUUCGUACCAGCUCCAAAGUCUACUCAGGCCUUUGAUUUUUUUUUCCUUUUCUUUCUUCCUUUUAUCCGUUUAUUUCAAACAAAAAAAAGCACCAAGUUCUCCCCUUAUCACUCCGCAUAAUUAUUUCUUUUUCCGCUGUUUGCUCCUUUCGCGACUCGUCUUCGCUCUUGUAGAUUCAUUACGCUGCUUAGUACGGACAUCAAAGUUUACAGAAGCCGAACGCACUGCUCCCGGCAGGUCAACUUCCUACAGGUCACUGAACCUGCCUCUCCAAACAAAAAAAGGUUUCUUUAUUUUUCUACUUCCUUUCCUUCGAAACCUACCUUUAACAUUUUUCUCGAAUUAGUUCACGUAGGAAAAAUUCAAGAUCAAAACUGUAGGACAUUGAAGCCUAUCCCUUAUCAAAACAUUAUAACAACUUUCAAAUAAUCAAAAAAGAGCCCCGCUCUUCUUCCCCCGAUCACGACGCUAAGAGCCGCGGAGGCGUCGGCCCCGACGCCAUCAAAGGUCUAACAAUCUCUCACCACAGCCCCCGCUCUUUCAAAGGCCAAUUAUAACUUUCAAGCUUUCAGGGCCGCCGUCGACAACUAUGAAAGCCCGCCACGACGACGGCAGGACAAGCGGGGACCCGGCAGCGGCCCCGAAGACUCCAACCGACAUCAUCAUUCUUUUGAUUUAACACCUUUGUUAUAUUGA